AUGACGUACUACCGGUUCGGCCAGCGACUCGCAAUGACGCGCGCCGUGGCGCGAGCAAUGGCGCGAUCGUCUACUGGCGCACGCGAUUCGCAAGCAAUGGAACAGCUGAUCCAGAGGAGCAAAAGCCGUUUUGGCAGAGCCGUCACUCGACCGCUGAUGGCUGCCGUUGCAACAUAUGUAAUGGACGCGGGGGGCGCGUUCAGCCCCUCGUCCGAGUUCCUGUACUUUGACGGCGACGACGAUGACGGAACGUAA